AUGUAUCACCACAAUGCAUUCGGCCUCACUCUGGCCAGCCUCCUAUUGCUCAACCCUCAGUCUACAGCCGCGGGCGAACCAACUCCAGGUCAAACUCCGCAAAUGGGCUGGAAUUCAUGGAACACCUUCAAGUCCAACAUCAAUGCUUCAGUAGUCGAGACCACCGUCCAGCUAUUCCAGUCUCUCGGCCUCAAAGAUGCCGGCUACGACUACAUCCUCCUGGACGAGGGAUGGUCGGAUUACUCGCGCACCGCGGACGGAUAUCUCCAGCCCAACUUGACCUCCUUCCCCAAUGGCAUAAAGUCGCUUAUAGACGACAUCCAUGCCAAGGGUCUGAAGGUUGGCCUCUACGGUGACAGUGGAAUCUCAACCUGCGGCUUCCGACCAGGGAGCUGGGGCUAUGAGGAGCGUGAUGCGCAGACGCUCGCUAGCUGGGGCGUGGAUUACUGGAAGUAUGACAACUGCGGCGGAUUCCAGGCCAUGACGGAGCCGCCGCAGGCGCGCUUUGGGGUCAUGCAAAAGGCGCUGGAACUCUCUGGCCGAGAGAUCUUCUAUUCGGUGUGUGAAUGGGGGUAUCAGUUUCCGUGGCAUUGGGGAGGGAACAUCGGACAUUCUUAUCGCAUGUCGGGCGACAUCACUGCCAAAUUUACCAACGAGACCGACUGCGCGUGCAAGACGGCCUACUGCCUCAACACCGGGUAUGCGGGCUGUUCAGUGCUGACCAUCAUCCGCAAGAUGCGCGAGAUCAGUCAGUACCAGACACCGGGGCAUUGGCUGGACAUGGAUAUGCUGGAGAUCGGCAACGGCGAUAUGACGCUGUACCAGCAGCAAACCCAUUUUGCGUUUUGGGCGGCGCUCAAGUCUCCUUUGAUUAUUGGGGCGGAUUUGUCGAAGCUGUCGAACGAAAGCCUGGCUAUCCUUAAAAAUAGGGACAUUAUCGCGCUUAACCAGGACUCAAAGGGCCAGUCGGUCCGUUACGUCCAGACUGCCAGCGAAGAGGGAUCAUGGCAGGUAUGGGCUGGUCAAGUGCAAGGCGGAUCCGUGGUUCUUCUGUUGAAUGAGAAGAGCUAUCCCCAGGAUCUGUCGAUUUCGUUCGCCGAUCUGGGACUGGGAAUUAACGGUUCCGUCAAGGCUACGGAACUGUGGUCUCACAAGUCUUUGGGGAAGGUGAACUCUUACAAGGGCGUGCUGCAGGCUUAUCAAACGCUGGUGUUUCGACUACAAGUUUAG